GCGGGUAGGGGCAGCAGCGUCGCUCUCCUAAUGGGCAUGUGCGCCCCCCUCACACCGUCCCCGCGGGCAGCCCCUGGAGUCCGUGGUUUGCGGAUGGAGCAUGGGCAGAAGCGAAAGGGGCAGAUUCUGCAGCAGGGCGGGUUGUCCCAUCAGGCUCCCCGGACAGCGCCGCGUGGGGGGCCGGGCAGCCCCCCAAUGGCCCCGCGAGCCAGAGCCGCUGCCCAGCGCCUCAUUAGUUCAGCUCGGGCAGCAGCGCAUGCGCCUGCCAUUGGAGCGCUCUCCAGCGGCUCUCGGGCUGAGCGGGGCAGAGGGGAAGGGAGUCGCCGGGGACUGUUCCUGGAGCGGGGGCGAGAUGGCUGGGGAGAACCAGCACCAGACCCUCAGGAAGAGCAUCGCAGCCCAGCCGCCCGCAGCGCCGCCCCGGCCGCCCCGGAGCAGCAGCUCCGAGCGAGUGACUCUGAAGAAGGAGAUCGGGCUCGUCAGCGCCUGUGCCAUCAUUAUAGGUAACAUUAUUGGUUCUGGAAUCUUUAUUUCACCAAAAGGAGUUCUGGAACACUCUGGGUCAGUGGGACUAGCUCUUGUUGUUUGGGUGCUUGGAGGAGGAAUUGCUGUCCUUGGAUCUUUAUGUUAUGCUGAGCUAGGAGUUGCUAUCCCAAAAUCAGGAGGGGAUUAUUCCUAUGUCACGGAGAUUUUUGGUGGGUUAGCUGGUUUUUUGCUGCUAUGGAGUGCAGUGCUUAUCAUGUACCCUACCAGCCUGGCUGUUAUCGCACUGACAUUUUCAAACUAUGUUCUACAACCGGUGUUCCCUAAUUGCAUCCCACCUUAUAAUGCCUCCAGGGUCCUCUCCACAGUGUGUUUAUUACUCCUGACUUGGGUGAACAGCUCCAGCGUUCGAUGGGCAACUCGCAUCCAGGAUAUAUUUACAGCAGGAAAACUGUUAGCCUUGGCCCUUAUCAUUACUAUGGGCUUCAUACAGAUCUUUAAAGGAAACUAUGAAGAACUAACACCAAGCAAUGCAUUCAAUUUUUGGAUGUCUCCAUCUGUGGGACAGUUAGCAUUAGCUUUUCUUCAAGGGUCAUUUGCAUUCAGUGGGUGGAACUUCUUGAAUUAUGUAACAGAAGAAUUAGUUGAUCCCCGCAGGAACCUACCUCGUGCCAUAUUCAUAUCCAUCCCAUUGGUGACAUUUGUGUAUACAUUCACCAAUAUUGCAUAUUUCACUGCCAUGUCACCUCAAGAGCUCUUGUCCUCCAAUGCUGUGGCAGUAACAUUUGGUGAAAAGUUACUGGGCUAUUUUUCCUGGGUUAUGCCAGUCUCAGUGGCCUUAUCUACAUUUGGAGGAAUAAAUGGAUACCUUUUUACCUCAUCAAGGUUAUGUUUUUCUGGAGCUCGUGAAGGUCACUUGCCCAGCUUGCUUGCUAUGAUUCACGUUAAACACUGCACCCCAAUCCCUGCCCUUCUAGUGUGUUGUUUGACCACUAUUAUCAUCAUGCUUGUUGGAGACACGUACACAUUAAUUAAUUACGUAUCAUUUAUUAACUACCUCUGCUAUGGAGUGACAAUCAUAGGCCUGAUUGUGUUGCGCUGGAAGAAACCCAAAAUCUUCAGACCUAUCAAGGUGAAUCUCCUUGUUCCAGUCACUUACCUGCUAUUUUGGGCAUUUCUACUGAUCUUCAGUUUCUAUUCUGAGCCAGUUGUCUGUGGAAUUGGACUAAUUAUCAUAUUAACUGGAGUGCCCGUGUUUUUUCUCGGAGUGUACUGGAGAAAUAAACCAAAGUGUGUAAAUAGGCUAGCUGAAUCCAUGACAUACUGGGGACAGAAGUUGUGUUUCGUCGUCCACCCUCAGGAGGGAGCUCCAGAAGAGGAUGAUCUGCCUUUCACUCAGUCUCAGCUACCAGGAAGUGAAAAGUCCUUGAAGAAACAGUGAAAAGUCCUGGAAGAAAUAAUGAAGCAAUAAUGAGACAGAAGUAGUUUUUUGUUUACAUGUUGAUUUUUGCAAAAAGUUUUUCUUGAAAAAAAAAAAUGUUUUUAGAAAUUGGAUACAGAAGCCCAUGAAAUGAGCUACACUUUUACAAGAGUCCUUAGUGCUUAGCUUUUCCUAAAAAAUAUAAAAUAAGGAGCUGGUUAUUUAUUUCUGACAGUGUAUUUCAGUCAGCAAGGAAGUUUAGUGCAGGUACAGUAAGCUAAGUUCUUCAUCACCAAUUCCAGCAGCCUUCGGGAUUAAUCUGGAAAUUUCAAGAUUGGGGCCUCCUCCAAUAGUGAAAAUAAAAUGGGGAAAGUCAAUGGAAUAGGGGAAGCCUAUGGUCCUACUCAUGCUCCCACUGGAGUCAGUGACAAAACUCUAAUUGAUUUCACUGGCACAGGCUCAGACCCCACAUGACCCAUGUAGUUUUCAAAUUACAAUCUAAAAAUCUCAAUUGUGCGAACACUUCUGCAUGUGAAUAACUUUACCCCUGAGAGCAAAGUUACACGCAAGCCUAUGUAUUCGCAAGUUUGGGUAUUAAAAUUGUGACCGUUGUUAGCGUGAAUAGUAAGGGUAUGUCUACACAUCAAAGAAAAACCCACUGCUGUGGUUCGUGGGGCUCGGCUCGGGGGGCUGUUUCAUUGCUGUGUAGACCAGGCUCAGGCUGGAUCCUGGUCUCUGACACCAUACAUGUGGGAAGGUCCCAAAACUCAGACUCCAGUCCAAGCCCAGAAGUCUACACAACAAUGAAACAGCACCGCAGCCUGAGCCCUGCGGGACUGAGUCAGCUGGCAUGGGCCAGCCGCGGGUUUUUCUUUGCUGUGUAGACGUACCCUAAGAGCUUAUCCAGGGUAUUUAUAUACAAUACAUUAGAGCUGAAUGUAUAACUUCUACACUGUAUUUGAUCAUUUUUAUCAUCGUUCAAUUAUGUAAAGAAACCAUGGAAAUUGUGAUAUGAUCUAAAGUAACUUCAGUCUUCAAGCAGUUUUGCAAACAAGGAGUUGGGGUUUGUAGUAUGAAAUCUGAACAGCUCUGUUAUUACAAUAACCAGAAAAAAAGGUGGGUGAGGUAAUAUCUUUUAUCUGACCAACUUCUUUCGGUGAAAGAGACAAGCUUUCAAAUUUUAAAAAAUGUAUUUAAACUGAUUUUAAACUUGGUUAGUCACUUCUUAUAGCAUAUACUUUUUCUUCAAACAGGAAUUGCAAUCAAUAUUUGUGUAAAACAAACACCAGCCUCGAGUACCACAAUCUUUACGUCUAUACAUUUGAUGUGCUACUUUAACAAACAAAUGCCAAUAGAGCAAGUAUUGGCUAAUCAUUGGUGCUUCUAGGACAGGCUAUCUAUCUAAGGACUCCUCUACAUGGGAAAGUUUCAGUAUAACCUAAGGUGUGAAUUUAAAAGUGAUGGUUAUACAAGGACCUCCUCCCCACCCUAUGGACACUUAUAGUUAGGGCCCUACCAAAUUCAUGGUCCAUUUUGGUUAAUUUCAUAGUCAUAUGAUUUCAAAAACCUUAAAUUCAUGAUUUCAGUUAUUUACAUCUGAAAUUUCAUGGUGUUGUAAUUGUAAGGGUCCUGACCCAAAAAGGAGUUGUGGGGGGUUCGCAAGGUUAUUGGAGUGGGCAUUGUGGUACUGCUACCCUUACUUCUGCGCUGCUGUGGUGGUGGUGCUGCCUUCAGAGCUGGGCAGCUGGAGAGCAGCGGCUGCUGGCCGGGAGCCCAGCUCUGAAGGCAGAGCCGCAGCCAGCAGCAGCACGGAAGUAAGGAUGGCAUGGGAUGGUAUUGCCACCCUUACUUCUGCACCGCUUUCUGCAAAGCUGAGCCCUUGGUCAGCAGCCACCACUCUCUGGCCACCCAGCUCUGAAGGCAGCAGCACAGAAGUGAAGGUGACCUGGUAUGGUAUUACCAUGCUUACUUUUGUGCAGCUGCUGGCGAGACGCUGCCUUCACUGCUGGGCGCCUGGCCAACAGCUGCCGGUCUGUAGUCGCCCAGCUCUGUAGUCGCCCAGCUCUGAAGGCAGCGCAGAAGUAGGACUGGCAAUACCAUGACCCCCCUAAAAUAACCUUGCAACCCCCCCUGCAACUCCCUUUUGGAUCAGGACCCUCAAUUUGAGAAACGCUGGCCUCCCCCAUGAAAUCUAUAUAGGAUAAAAGUACACAAAAGACCAGAUUUCACAGUCCAUGAUGUGUUUUCAUGGCCAGUGAAAUUGGUAGGGCCCCACUUCUAGUAUUAAAAGCUGGGGGCUGGGGUUUAGUUUGUUUCUUGGGAAAGGAUUUAAGCUAAACCAAAGUCACUCAUAUAGUAGCCACACAGGGAAGUUCAGAGUGAUAUAACUGGUAAAACUCUCAUGUAAGCAAGCAUAGAGAGCACAGAAAGGCAUUGGAAAAGGUACUCGGACCUUACAAUGAUGCGCAUGUGCCACUGCAGCUGCACUGUUUUAGGAUAAGCAGUGUGGUGCCUCUUUGUCGCCAGGAGAUAGUUCUCCCGACAAAAAAAUAAAACCACUCCCAAUGAGGGACGGUAGCUUCGUCGCUGUGAAAGCAUCUCCUGCCAACAAAGCCUUGUCUACGCUAGCGCUUUUCAUCAUUAAAAGUUGUGUUGUUCUGGGGGAUUUUUUUUCACCCCCCUGACCAAAGAAAUUUGAAUGACUUAAGUGCAGUGUAGACAUAGCCUGAAUAUCACAACUAAAUACAAGGUGGAACAGAGUGUUUAGCAUAAGUAGUUCACGCAUAUCUAAGAGACCAUUCAAGGUGUUAAGAGUUCAGUGUAGUUCAAAAGCUUCUCUCUUUCACCAACAGAAGUUGGUCCAAUAAAAGAUAUUACCUCACCCACCUUGUCUCUCUAAUAUCCUGGGACCAACAUGGCAAACAACAUUACAAUAACCAGAUAUUUAUGCUAAACUUAGUAAAGUUCUACUGUCAAAUGGGAAGAAAAAGAACUGUACUGUGUUUCUAGUAUAAAUGCAAUGGGAAAAAAAGGAACAAAUUCUGGUAUAUUUCUAUUUUUUCUAAUGUGCUCACACAAAAAUUCACCUCGCCUUUGAAGACAAACUCCACAUUUCACCCAUGUUCAAUGAAGAAACUGUCCUUAAUUUUUUUACCACCAGAUGCUCAUUAGACGGUGCCUUGGUAUGUUUGUAGUUGUAACAAAUUGAUAUGUUUAGAGUUCUAGUAGUGGCUUAUUUGCUAAAUUUAUGGUGGUUGCAAAUGUAAAAAUGUAACCAUUUUCAUACCAAAGAAUCUUUUGAAAAAUGCAAAAUCACAGAAUAGCUCUAAGCAAUAUUCCAAUAGCUACUACUUUGUUGUAACUUUUAGAAAUAUAGAUGAUCAUAUUUACUACUUUUAAAAUAGCCAUAUCAAUUUUAAUUUGCAAGUAUCAUGAUUUACUGUAUUUUAAAGACCUUGGUACAACAAUUAAGGAUUCAAUUGGUCUCUUAGUUUGUCAAGUACCAUAGGACUACUCUCUACAAAUACACUGAACCUGAGACUCAGACUAUGAGGCAAGUUCAAGGAAAGCAUCUUCCAACUGAAUUUAGAAUUUAGAAUGUAUUUUUAUUUUAAAUAUAUACAUCCAGAUGGUAUAUAUCCAGAUCUUUCAGACAGUAGAUAUUUUAAAAGGAAGCACAAUAUACCCUCCUCUCUUUGUAUGAAGCGGUUAAUCAAGAGAUUAUUAAACUAUAUAUGUAGUUAGAGAGAAAGUGUGUGUUGUGUAUAUACAUAUAUAAAUGCUAGAGAGACUCCACAUUUAAAUAAUCUUUUGAAUAUGUAGCUUUGCAAAUGAAAGUUACAAACAUGAAGCCACAUUUUUGACAGAGGAUGGACGCCCUUCACUGUGCUGAAGAAAACAAAUUUAUAUUGAUUUAGCAUGAUUUACCUUUAUACAUGAUUUACCUUUGCCUGUCAAGGCUUUCAUGACCAAGAUUCUGAUGUUCUUUAGAUUAAAAUUCAUGCUCAGUGACAGUUUCAGAAAAGAUUCCUUCCCCUUCCAAUAUCACAAGAUAGCAAAUUAUAUAGAGUUUAGCAUCAACAAUAGUUUAUUUCCCCCAACAAUGAAGAUAUGAAAGUUGGCUGGAGUUUAGGCUUUGUAGAACUCUUCAGCAACAAGCCUGUGCUGUUAUGAGAAAGGCACAAAUAAUAAUAAUAUACUGCAACUGCUGUCAUGAUUUCACUUAGAUUGUUUGUUUGUUUGUUUAAGGAAAUGAAAAUCAGAAUUAAAGGACCAAUUGCCUCACA